AUGGCUAUGCAAACUAUGAGAGAAGGUCUUCCCUCUGCUCCACAGAUUUCUUGGUGGAACGCUUUUGGAUCUCAGCCGUUGACUCCAGACAAUCUCGCCGGAGAUUCUGAUUCAUUGGCCGGAGUUAAGGUCAGAUCUGCUGGAGGGAUAGAACAAGGUGUGAAUAAACAAAGCAACUCUGUAUCUCACUUUGCUUUCUCACUUGGUGAUGUAAAGAGUUCAAGAGUUGUGCCAAAGCCUCAUGGAGCUGCUUUCUCAAUGCAACCACCUUACUUGGAACUUGGAUUUUCUCAGCAACAGAUCUACACAAAGUAUCCUUGUGUGGAACAACAAUACUAUGGAGUUCUUUCAGCCUAUGGACCUCAUAGCAGUGUAAUGCUUCCUCUAAACAUGGAAACAGAAGAUGGAACCAUCUAUGUCAACUCAAAGCAAUACCAUGGAAUCAUCAGGCGUCGCCAGUCACGUGCAAAGGCUGCUGCUGUUCUUGAUCAGAACAAACUGAAUAGCAAAUGCCGUAAGCCAUACAUGCAUCAUUCACGUCACCUCCAUGCAUUGCGCCGUCCUAGAGGAUCUGGUGGGAGGUUCUUGAACACUAAAAGUCAGAACAAUGCAAAGAAAACUGAUGGAACUAAGCAGAAUCAGCCUCAGCCUCAGCGAAGUAACUCUCAGGAUUCAGAUGUUCUUCAUCCUGAAACCGUGACCAUGAACUUAUCAAACCGAAUAAAUGUCUCGGGUUCAGAAGUUACAAGCAUGAACUACUUUUUAGGCUCUUCAGUGCAUCCCCUUGGUGGCAUGGUAAUGCCUAGCAAGUGGAUCACAGCAGCAGCGAUGGAUAAUGGCUGCUGCAGUUUCAAAACCUGA